UUCGAGCAUCGAAACGGAUCGAAACAUGCUUGUUGUGAGCCAACAUUUUCUAUCGGUUUAAAAUAAAUUUCUUAAGAAUAACUAAACUAAAGAGGUGAUAAAUUAUUUAGACGACACCACAAUGUCGAAAUCUCUAGCCAAAAAAGCUUUACUGUUAGCUGAAGAAGGACUUGACGGAGUAAAACCAGACGCCAAGACUGGCAAAGCUCACAGCAGACGUAACGACUCGGAACUGAUACCCCAGCACCACAAAAUGGUAAAAUUCGUCGGGAAGAAAGGUCAAAAACAGGCAAAGGAACUGCUGAGGAGGCCUCGGAACGUGACCACAGUCGUGGAAGCCCGGAAGCGGCUGCAAAAUCGAAAAGAUAACACCGAGGACAACAUUCGCAAGCUUCUGCUACUGAGUUCAGCGAAAAUCGGCGAUGAGGCCAGUGCCAAGAUGAUUAAACGUGCCCAGACAGGUCGCUACGUUGUGAAAGCUACCGAAUUCCUGCCCAAAAAGGAAAAAUCUAAGGAAAGUGCGUUCACUGAAGACGACUUUAAGAUGUUCGAAGAAGAAUUGGCUAAGUGUUGAACGGUUUUUAAGAAAAUAUAUAUU